AUGCGACAGCCGCAAGGUCAAUCGACAAUCGACAGUUUACCUAUAAAGGGAGCGCUCACCGUCGGCCAAGGCAUCACUUCCACCGCUCCUUCCGACCCUUCCACAUUUCCUCACAGAAGCACACAGCUCAGUUAAGAUGAUCAAGGUCGCUGUCAUUCUGGGUCUUUUUGGUCUGGCCCUUUCGGCUCCGGAGGACGCCUAUGGCCCCAUAGUACAUGAACCAGUCUACAAGGCGGAGCCCACACCAUACAACUUCGUCUACGGAGUCAAAGAUGACUACGCCGGCACCGACUUCGGCCAGACGGAAGAAUCGGACGGCAGUACCGUCAAAGGAUCAUACACUGUCCAGCUUCCUGACGGACGGAAACAAACAGUGAACUACGUCGCCGACCACUACGGUGGAUACCGUGCCGAAGUGAGCUACUACGGAGAGGCCCAGUACCCUCAUGAGUACGGACCCCCAAUCACCUUCAAGCCCCAGGUCUACCAUGAACCCUCCUACAAGCCUGCCCCCACUUACAACUAAGUGAAUCCUGUCGUUAUGGAACAAAGGCUUUACUAUAAAUUUAUGUUGAGUUUCGAGCACAUAUGUGGCCAUAUUCUGUUUACUAUUAUUUUCCUAAAUAAAAAAUAACACUAUAAAA